GUGCGGAAUUCCCCCCCCCCCCUCUCUCUCUCUCUCUCUCUCUCUCUCUGUGGCCGGCACGGUGAAUAGGCAAUGGAGCUUCGUUCUCGUAGGCGAAUCUCUAACCAUCCGAUAGAUGAAUCAAGCAAUGUGGAGGUGCAACAACUAAGUGACGAUAGCUCUAAUGAAGCAGGCUCCGACUCGGAAGUUUAUGUGCUAUCGGAUACCAGCGAAGAAGAUGAAGAGAAUGGAGGGAGAGUGGAUUUGGACUUGAACAAGAAACCAAAAAGUACAAUCAAGGUUCAUGAUUGGGAAGAUGAUGGUUAUGAUUAUGAGAAUUACAAUGAGGGUUUGACAACGAGGAAGGCUGGAUGGAAAAUAGUGGAGCAUGGAGAACCAAGUGGGGUAGAGAGUGUGGUGGAGUAUGGAGAAUCAGGUCGCGAAGAUAAUGCAAUGCAUUGUGGAGCUAUAGGCAGAAACGGAUCUACUCAGCAAAAAGCAGUUGAAAUUGAUUUCAUUGGGCUGAGCAAGAAGAAAAUGCAUAAAAGAACAACAAAAAAUAGGGUCCCAAAGCCAAGAUUAAUGUGGAAUCAGUGGGAAGAAGAGCAUAAGAGAUGGAUCGAUGAAAAUUUUGAUAAAGUUUAUUUGGAUAAUCAGAAUGAAAUAAUCACCGAAACAUCUGAGGCUCCGUCGGAAUUGAUCAUGCCUUUGCUAAGGUACCAAAAGGAAUGGUUGGCCUGGGCUUUGAAACAGGAAAAAUCUACAACUAGGGGGGGAAUUCUUGCAGAUGAGAUGGGAAUGGGGAAGACCAUUCAAGCAAUUGCACUUGUCCUUGCCCAACGGGGAACUCGGAAGAUGAUUUGUGAACCAGAUGAAUCCUCUGUAUUACCGGGCCCAUCCAAAGACUUGGCUGGUAUUAAAGCCACUCUUGUAGUUUGUCCUGUGGUUGCUGUGAGCCAAUGGGUGAGUGAGAUUGAUCGGUUUACUUCAGAGAGAAGCACCAAGGUGCUUGUUUAUCAUGGCGCUAAUAGAGGGAAGAAUUCGAAACAUUUUGGAGAAUAUGAUUUUGUCAUUACAACGUACUCUAUUGUUGAGGCUGAAUACAGAAAGUACGUGAUGCCACCCAAGAAAAAGUGCCCUUACUGUGGCAAGGCAUUUUAUGAUAGUAAGCUGUCAAUUCACUUGAAAUAUUUUUGCGGGCCUGAUGCUAUUAGAACGGAGAAGCAGUCUAAACAAGCAAGGAAAAAAAGCAAAACUGUGAUUUCAAAUCAGGAAACAGAACCUGCUGAAGACAAGAUGAAUGAAUAUGAUUGCAAGAAAAGGAAGGGAGCUCGUAAAAAGACACCAUACCAGAACAACAAAGAAAAGGAUAGGGGAGUUAGAUUUGGAAAUGAACAUUCAGUAGGUGUAGAUGGUUCUCCCAGAGGAAAAUCAUUUCUGCAUGCUAUAAGGUGGGAACGAGUAAUUCUGGAUGAGGCACAUUAUAUAAAAGCUAGACAUUGUAAUACUGCAAAAGCUGUUCUUGCUUUAGAGUCUUCAUACAAAUGGGCCUUGAGUGGCACUCCCCUUCAGAACCGUGUUGGAGAACUUUACUCUUUGGUUCGCUUCCUGAGAAUAAUACCAUAUUCUUACUACUUGUGUAAGGACUGUGAUUGCAGAACACUUGAUCAUAGUUCCUCAAAAGAAUGUUCCAACUGUCCUCAUAGUUCUGUGAGACAUUUUUGUUGGUGGAAUAAGUAUGUUGCUACACCAAUACAAACAUAUGUAAAUAGUGAUGAGGGACGCAGAGCCAUGAUUUUGCUCAAACACAAAAUUUUAAAAACCAUAGUGCUAAGACGCACGAAAAAAGGCAGGGCUUCUGAUCUAGCACUUCCUCCUAGAAUUGUUUCAUUGAGGCGGGAUACCCUCGACGUCAAAGAACAAGAUUAUUAUGAAUCAUUGUACAAUGACAGUCAGGCGCAGUUCAAUACAUAUGUUCAGGCAGGAACUGUGAUGAAUAACUAUGCUCACAUAUUUGACCUUCUCACACGCUUGCGGCAGGCAGUUGAUCAUCCUUACCUAGUGGUAUAUUCUAGAACUGCGGCACUGAGAAGUGCAAACAUGGCUAGUAAUGACAAUACUGAACGAGUAUGUGGCAUCUGUCAUCACCCAGCUGAAGAUAAUGUGGUCACUGCUUGCGAGCAUGUUUUCUGUAAGGCUUGUCUGAUUGAUUUCUGUGCUUCCUUGGGACAAGCCUCUUGCCCUUCAUGUUCAAAAUUACUUACGGUCGAUUUAACUAGAAAUGUGGAUGAUGGAGAUCAGGCUUCUAAAACUACCAUUAAGGGGUACAGAUCCUCAAGCAUUCUAAACAGAAUACAACUUGAUGAUUUUCAGACAAGCACAAAAAUGGAGGCAUUGAGGGAAGAAAUUAGGUACAUGAUUGAAAGGGAUGGUUCUGCGAAAGGAAUUGUUUUCAGCCAGUUCACAUCAUUCUUGGAUCUCAUCAAUUAUUCCCUCCACAAGUCUGGUAUAAAUUGUGUGCAAUUAGUUGGAAGCAUGUCCAUGUCUGCAAGAGAUGCUGCUAUCAAGCGGUUUACUGAGGACCCGGAUUGCAGGAUUUUCCUCAUGAGUUUGAAAGCCGGGGGUGUUGCUUUGAAUCUUACUGUUGCUUCACAUGUCUUCUUGAUGGAUCCGUGGUGGAACCCAGCUGUGGAGCGGCAAGCACAAGAUAGAAUCCACCGGAUUGGGCAGUAUAAACCAAUUAGAAUCGUGAGAUUUGUUAUUGAGAAUACAAUUGAGGAGAGGAUUCUGAAGCUGCAAGAAAAGAAGGAACUCGUUUUUGAAGGGACUGUAGGUGGUUCAUCAGAGGCCCUUGGGAAAUUAACCGAGGCAGACAUGAGAUUUCUAUUUAUCACCUGAGCAGGAUUAUCUACAAGAUGAAACAAGUUCCGGUUCUAUAAUAUCAACUGCUUCCUCCUUUGUUAUUAUAGAUAGGUAGUUUUUCAGUCCAACACUAAAUCAACGGCAUAGUACCUAGAGUAUGUUUUUGGCUUAUAGGAGAUGAGCUAUGUCAAGUGCUAAUUAUGGACUAAUUUGGUAUGUAGUUGGUGACAAUUUUGAGAAUUCUAUUACAUAAUUGCACUAAGUUUUAUAUCCAUCAUCUCUAGUUGAUGCCA